UUUCUGAUCCUCCACCAGAACCCUAAUUUUUCUUCUUCAUCUCUUCUAUGGCAACUUCAAAUAAUCUCUCUCCCUUUUCACAAUUUUUCUCCAACUCCAUAGCUGAAAAACUUGAUGAUUCGAAUUACCUUCACUGGAGGCAGCAGAUUGAACCAGCCAUCAAGUCCCACAAACUUCAACGGUUUGUGGUUAAUCCGCAAAUCCCACCUCGGUAUUUGACCAAUGCUGAUCGUGAUUCUGAUAUCGUUAAUCCAGCAUAUGAAACCUGGGAAGUCCAGGAUCAAAUGCUUCUCACAUGGCUGCAAUCGACGCUCUCGAAGACCAUCCUCUCACGUGUCAUUGGCUCCGUUCAUUCUUAUCAAGUGUGGGACAAAGUUCAUGAGUAUUUUCAUACUCAAACCAAGGCACGUGCACGUCAACUACGCACUGAUUUGUGUUCCACCACUCUUGAUGGUAAAUCCAUGCGUGACUUUUUGACUCAAAUAAAAAACAUUGCUGAUGAACUUGCUGGAGUUGGGAGUCCUGUGUCACUUGAAGAAUAUGUUGAUGUUGUUCUUGAAGGUCUGCCUCAAGAGUAUGCACCUGUGGUCUCUGUUAUUGAAAGCAAGUUCGUCACCCCUCCUAUUGCUGAAGUGGAAGCUCUUCUCCUUGCACAUGAGUCACGAGCUAACCAGUUCCGUAAGCAAUCUUUCUCUCCUUCUAUUAAUUACACUCAGGGUUAUUCUCGUGGCAGUUUCAGUGGUGGAUCUUUUAGAGAUAGAGGUAGUGGUAACAGUGGACGUCGCGGUGGUCGAGAAUCCCUUGUUCUGUAUGAUCCUACCACAUUGCAGCCUGUGCAGGUCACCCCUUCUUCAAACCUUAAAGCCUCCAACACUUGGGUGAAUCCCAAUCAGAAACAGCCCAGCCAAGAUGCUCAUGCCAAUGUCACACCAAGUGCUAUGAUUGCUAAUACCUCUUCUCAAGCAUGUACUCAUUCUUCAUGGAUUCCUGAUUCUGGUGCUUCGUUUCAUGUUACUGGUGAGCCUCAGAACAUCCAUCAGCUAGAGCAUUUUGAUGGUCCAGAUCAAAUCUUCAUAGGAAAUGGUCAAGGUUUGCAAAUCAAUGGUUCUGGUUCUUCCUUCUUUUUAUCUCAUAUUAACUCUCAAUUUAAGUUUCAGCUGAAUAAUCUUCUUCAUGUUCCCCUUAUCACCAAAAAUCUGUUGAGUGAAACCAAUGAGGUUCUUCUUCAAGGUAUUGUUGGUGCUGAUGGGCUUUAUUCUUUUCCAAAUCUAAAGCUCCAAAAUCCCUCAGCAUUGGUCUCUUCUUCAGCUGAAAUGUCCUCUCAGUCUGCUGUCUCAUCUACAACCCCUACAGUCUUAGAUAAUAUCAAUUUAAAUAAAAGUUAUGAUGUAUAUAGCUCUUCCACUAUGUGGCAUACUAGGCUAGGUUAUCCUAAUUCUCAUGUUCUUAAGCUUGUUCUUACACAAUGUAACCUUCUUCCAUCAAAUACUUAUGUUACUAAAUUUUUCUCAUCUUGUUGUGUUGGAAAGUCUCGUAGACUUCCUUCUUCUGCCUCUCAAAUUGUAUAUUCUGCUCCCUUGGAUUUAAUUUUCACUGAUUUGUGGGGACCAUCCCAUAUUACAUCUUUUUCUAGUUAUAUUUACUAUGUUGCCUUCAUUGAUGUGUUCUCUAAAUACACCUGGAUAUAUCCCUUAAAAUAAAAAAGUGAAACUCUCUCUAUUUUUCAACAAUUUAAGGCUAUGGCUGAACUUCAAUUCAACACCAAAAUUAAAAGUGUUCAAUCUGAUUAGGGAGGGGAAUAUAGACCCUUUACUUCAUUUCUUGCCACAAAUGGAAUAGAACAUAGAUUAAUUUGUCCCCACACACAUCAUCAAAAUGGUUUGGUUGAAAGGAAACAUAGACAUAUUGUUGAAAUUGGCCUCACCCUUCUUCAUCAUGCCUCCUUACCUCUGCAAUUUUGGGAUUUUGCCUUUACCACUACAGUUUAUUUUAUCAAUAGAUUGCCAACUGCAGCAUUAAAUUUUGAUGUUCCUUUCACUGUUUUAUUCAACAAAUCACCUGAUUACAAAUUCUUAAGAACAUUCGGUUGUGCUUGUUUUCCUUUCUUAAGACCAUAUGCCAGUCAUAAACCUCAUUUCAGAUCCCUGGAGUGUGUUUUUCUGGGAUACUCAAACUCUCACAAAGGUUAUAAAUGUCUCUCUUCUUCUAGCAGAAUUUACAUUUCAAAAGGGGUCAUUUUUAAUGAACAUAGGUUUCCUUACACAGAUUUGUUUCAGCCAAGUCCUACUCAAAAUGUCUCUCCAUGUCCAUACUUCACUCUCAAUCCGGAUUUGUCUUCUCCUUGCAGUACUUCUCCUGUUUUCUCACAGCAGCUUCCUCUGUCUUCUCAAGUUGGUGAUCCAGGUGUAUCAACCACUCCCACAGUGUCUUCUUCACAUAAUGUGUCUCCUUCAUCUCAUGAGUCUUCCUCACAUAAUGUAUCUCCUCCUACCUCUUCUACUGACACUACAAGUAUUCCUAGAACCAUUAAUAACCAUCCCAUGCAAACCCGGUCUAAAUCUGGAUUUCAUAAUCCUCGAUUACAUCCAUCUCUGUUCUUGGCUCAUAGUGAACCUAAAAAUGUUAAGCAAGCUCUUGCUGAUCCUAAUUGGUUCUCUACUAUGCAACAAGAAUACACUGCCUUAAUGCACAACCAUACUUGGGAUUUAGUUUCCUUGCCAUCUGAUCAAAAAGCAGUUGGUUGUAAAUGGGUUUUCAAAGUUAAGGAAAAUGUUGAUGACUCUAUAAAUAACCUUAAAGCUCGGCUGGUUGCAAAAGGUUUUCAUCAACUGGAUGUAAAUAAUGCCUUUCUGAAUGGCAAUUUAGAAGAAACUAUUUACAUGGUUUAGCCUCCUGGCUUUGAAGCUGAGAAUAAGAAUUUAGUUUGCAAGCUCAACAACGCUCUCUAUGGCUUGAAACAAGCCCCUCGACAGUGGUUUGACAAAUUGAAAUUGACUCUCACUCAAUUUGGUUUUCAAGCUAGUAAGUGUGAUCCAUCUCUGUUUUGGUACAAACAUCAAACUCAUACCAUCUUUAUUUUGGUUUAUGUGGAUGACAUCAUUAUCACUGGCAGCUCUUCUUCCCUCAUUCACCAAAUCACCAAUCAACUUGACUCCAUAUUUUCUUUGAAGCAAUUGUGAAGCUUGGAUUACUUUCUAGGUACUGACGUUAAAUACUUGCUUGAAAAAUCUCUGGUUCUGACUCAGAGCAAGUACAUUCGGGACCUUCUGUUUAAAACCAAUAUGGCUGAAGCUCAUGCUGCUCCUUCUCCUAUGUUCUCUAACUGCAAAUUGUCCAAGUCCGGGAAUGACUUCUUUCAUGAUCCCACUCUUUUUAGAUUUGUUGUUGGUGCCUUACAGUAUGCUACACUCACAAGACCUGAAAUCAGUUUUGCUGUUAACAAAGUUUGUCAAUUCAUGGUUAAUCCUCUUGACUCUCACUAGGUGACUGUCAAACAAAUCCUAAAGUAUUUAAAAGGCACACUCACUUAUGGUCUUCAUAUGCAAGUUGCUGUCGUAGGUGGUCCCAUCUCUCUUACUGCUUUAUGUGAUGCUGAUUGGGCCUCUGAUAUUGAUGACAGGAGGUCCACUUCUGGUUGUGUUAUCUUUUUUGGACCUAAUUUGACAGAAGCUGAAUACCGUAGUAUAGCUCAAGCUUCUGCUGAGUUAACUUGGAUUCAAGCUCUUCUGUAGGAACUUAAGGUUCCCUUAUCUACACCUACUUUACUCUGUGACAAUCAAAGUGCAGUGGCCAUUGCCCACAAUCCUGUCUUCCACAGCAAAACAAAGAACAUGGAGAUUGAUGUGUUCUUUGUUCGUGACAAAGUUCUCUCCAAGCAACUUCUGGUUUAUCACAUACCAGCUCUAGAUCAAUGGGUUGAUCUUCUUACUAAGCCUCUGUCUACUGCUCGUUUUGAAGUUCUUAGAGGCAAACUCAAUGUGCGAAGUUUUUGUGACAAACCUCCACCUUGA